AGGAGUCAGCCCACGGCAAGUACACAACAAGAAAAAAGCAAGAAGAAGAGGAGAGAGAAGAGAGGAGAGAGCUACAGAUACACAACAAAAAAGAAGGAAAGAGAGAGGAAAGCUCUAAAGAAACAAGAGAUUUUCAAACAAGAAUAUAACAGGCUCCUGUAUCCCCCUCACCAUGCCGCCCCCCACCGCCGCCCCCAACCUCAUCAUCUCCACCACCGACCCCAACCCGGAGGACGACAGCCUGGUCAGCAACGACUUCUCCACCACUCUGGGUGCUCUCAUCCUCGCCUUAGUCUUCCUCCUCGGCGUUCCAGGAAACCUCUUCAUCGUCUGGAGCAUUUUGGCACGGAUUCGCCGCCAUUCCGUGACCACAUUCCUUAUUUUAAACUUGGCGUGCGCUGACGGGUUCCUGAUGGCACUUACAAUAUUUUUUGUUGUAUACCUGGCCAAGCAAUCGUGGGUUUUUGGGAAUGUUAUGUGUAAAGGGCUGUUCUACCUCUGUAAUACCAACAUGUACGCGUCAAUAUUUUUGAUUACGUUGAUGAGUGUGCAUAGGCUGAUAGCGGUGGUGUGGCCGACUAGAGUUUCGCUCAUCGCAAGUCCCAGGAUUGCAAAAAGAGUGGUGGUGGGAAUGUGGGUUCUGGUUUUUAUUAUUUCAACUCCAUCGCUGGUGUUCAGAAACAUCAGGAUAGAUGAAGACGAGCUGGGCAAGCCGAGAAAGGUGUGCGCGCCCAAUCACACGCUGCCAACACAUGUGAGGUUCCAGUACGCCUUUGAGACUGUUUCUGGGUUUAUUCUUCCGUAUGCUGUCAUCAUCACCUCUUACGUCCUGAUCCUGAGGCGACUGAGGCAGACACAGUUCAGGAAGAAAGUUCGGAGUGAAAAACUCAUCCUCGCCAUCGUCGUCACCUUCGGAAUCUUCUGGUUCCCGUAUCACAUCAUCAACAUGAUCCAGGUGGCCGCAGAGUGGUAUCCUGAAGAUUCACCCACAAGAGAAGCCUUGGACCACAUCUGGCAGUCAAGUCGCGCCGUCACCUCAGCAUUAGCCUUCAUUAGUAGCUGCGCUAAUCCGGUUCUGUACACUUUCGCUGGGAAGUCGUACAUCAGACAGAACGGCUUCGCUUUCAUGGCGCGUCUGUUAGAAGGAACCUCUCAGGACCAGUGCACGAAAAAGGGGAGGAAUCCAAACUCCGAGUCCAACGUGGGGUUAAAUAAUACGGUUUCCAAUGGCAACGGAGGCUGUGUGCCGCUCCCUACUAAUGGUUAAAAGAAUUGUGUUUUGUUUUAAUGGACAAUUUUCAAAUGUUGACCUGCUUAAAAUGUACUGAAGGGAGUUUUGUGUGUUUUCAACUAAAGUACAUUUUUGACACCAAGCUCAUGGCACACAAUCUUUUAUGUGUAGCCCAUAGACUGUAUAAAGAAGUGGACUAAGGGAGUGUGACCUGACCCACAGCGUUCGACUCCCAUCAAAUGAAGCUCACGAUGCUAGCUGUUAUAGGGAUGAAUUUGGAACCAGAUCCAUAUUUGAAUUGGGAAUUUAUUUACAGAUAAAACCCUAACCCUAACCCUAACCCAAAAUAAAAACACCAGGAUCAUGUAAAGCAGGUUAAAAUUUAAGUGUCACUUCCUAUUUGUUUGUAAAGCAUCUUUGAGUGCCCAAAAAAGAGCUAUAUAAGUCUGAUGUAGUAUUAUUAUUAUUAUUAUUAUUAUUAUUUAUUAUUAUUAUUAUUAUUAUUAUUAUGUUAAGACCAAAAUGGUGAAACUCACAGAGGAAGUUACAGAUGGUUUUUCAAUGUAGUCAAUGAGUCGAUGGAUCCAGAACUGCACCCAUGCUCACUCCCUACUUGAUAGGCUAGCAUGGUGGCUAACGGGUUAGCUAUGUCCAUUUAUAUUUAUACAGUCUAUGGUGUAGCCCAAGUAAAUUUCUUAUUCACUGGUAACUAAUGAACACAAGGCCUAUAAUUUUAUUUCAGAUCUGUUUCUGAAACUUUAUAAACCUCAGUUAUUAAAACAUUUUGCCGAAUAUUGCUUUUAAUAUGUGCUUUUUGGACUUAAAGCAGCCGACUUAUGGACAUUAGUUAGCACAUAGCUGCUUAGCCUCUGCAAAGUCUUGGAAUUUUGUUAAUAUUUUUUCUAUGCGAAAGUCUAAGUCUAUGCAAAAAAUUUAUGGAAAAUUUACUUCCAGAACCAGAGCAGACUUUGAAGUGGGCAGGUCUCCUUUUGUGAAUUUAAGACUAGACUUAAAUGCAGGAAAAUGCAUUCUUACACAUAUCAUUUUAUAGGACAGUAGAUGAGGCUGGAAUAAUCUGUUGUCCCAGGCAAAAAACUGGAUUGUCUUCCUGUUAAAUUAUAUUACGGGGGGCCCAUUUGAGGCUUCUUGCCCCAGGCCCCCAAAUUUCUGUCAGUGGGCUUGAGUAGACAUAUCAUUAUCCAAGAGCCUGUCUGCUUGCUUCCAUUCAUACGAGCAAACAGGCUAAACACAGGCAAACUGGGUACAAUGUCUUGCUCAAUGACACAGCCACAGCAUAGUCAUACAGGUGUUGCUAUAUACUUUGUUACUGGAAAAACAGUUAGAAAUUCAGUACUUGAGUAAGUUGUGCAAUUAUCAAACACAGAAAUCUCAUGUUCAAAGGCCCAUAUUAGGCUAUUUUCUCAUCUCUGUUCUAAUCUGUUUCCUCUAUUUCCUCAUCAAAAACAGACCUGGAGUUGUGUUCUGUUUCAUUCACACGUGUUUAACACACAAACCUGCAGAUUUAGGCUGAGCUCUUCUCUGAAACAGAAAACACUCUGUUCCACCUUGUCAUUUCAUGUGGUAAUACAGGAAAUGCUCCACUGUGUUUUUAAGCUCCGUACACCCUCACUAGAAUCAUUUGGAUAACUUCAACACUUCUAUUGUCAAUUCAUACUGAGCAAAAGGUUAAAAGGAGCUCUUAACUUGAAAACUACAGCUUGAUGACAUCACAAGUUGGAACAGAGUGUUUUGAGCUUUGGAGAUGUAGACAGAGUAAUAAUAAAGGAUCACUCAAACAUGUGUGAAUGAAACAAAACACAACUCCAGGUUUGUUUUUGAGGAUGUAACAACAUUAUAACAUGGUUUAAAUCCAUUUUGCAUAAUAUCGGACCUUUAAAUACUGGCUUUGGGAGAAAAGGAGAAAGAGCUUCCUUCAGUUGUUUAAGAUGUUCUGUGUACAGUAUUAAUGACUAGCACAAGGAAAUGCAAUUUUGUACAUACUUUAUUUGUGUAAAUUAAACAUGUCACUGAUUGCUUAUGAGGUAUAACUAUAGCACUAUGUCAUUUGAAUAAUGUAAAGUUAUAAGCAUGAAACUGUUAUAUCUGCCUUAAUAAUAAAACAAGCCUUUUGCA